GGCUGGGGAGGGGCAGAGCAGCGCGCGCUGAGCCGGAGAGGCGGGCGGGCUGCUGCCUCGCGUCCGCUUCUCCGUCCUCCCUCCUCCACUCCCUCCGCCCCUCCCCUGGCAGCCGCGCUGCCUGGGAACCCGGGAAGCCGCUGCUCCCAGCCGGCAGCCUGGGUGCGGGCGCCGGAACCAAGGCGGGGGUGGCGGGAGCGCGGAGACCACCCCCCCCGGGGCAAGGCGAGGGGGCCCUGGGCUGAGAGGGCAAAGCUGAGCGAGUGUUUGCGCGUGAGAGCGGGGGCUGCACGGUGCCCGGCGCGGACCCCUUCAGCCUCAGCCCAGGGCGCCGCAUCCCCGGAGCCUCCCCGCCUGCGCCCCAGGCACGCGCGGCACAGCCAUGAACACCAACGAUGCUAAGGAGUAUCUGGCCCGGAGGGAGAUCCCUCUCCUUUUCGAGAGCCUUUUGAAUGGACUGAUGUGUUCUAAGCCUGAAGACCCAGUAGAGUACUUGGAAAGUUGUUUACAGAAAGUGAAGGAACUAGGCGGCUGUGACAAGGUGAAAUGGGAUACAUUUGUCAGCCAGGAAAAGAAGACUUUACCUCCGCUCAACGGAGGACAGUCACGGAGAUCCUUCCUAAGAUCUGUAAUGCCUGAAAAUUCAAACUUUCCGUAUCGGCGGUAUGAUCGGCUCCCUCCAAUCCACCAAUUCUCCAUAGAAAGUGAUACAGACCUCUCCGAGACUGCAGAGUUAAUUGAAGAAUAUGAGGUUUUUGAUCCUACUAGACCUCGGCCAAAAAUCAUUCUUGUCAUAGGUGGUCCAGGAAGUGGAAAGGGUACUCAAAGUUUGAAAAUUGCAGAACGUUAUGGAUUCCAGUACAUUUCAGUGGGAGAAUUAUUAAGAAAGAAGAUCCACAAUGCCAGCAGCAACAGGAAAUGGAGUCUUAUUGCCAAAAUAAUUACAACUGGAGAAUUGGCCCCACAGGAAACAACAAUUACAGAGAUAAAACAGAGAUUGAUGCAAAUUCCUGAUGAAGAGGGCAUUGUUAUUGAUGGAUUCCCAAGAGACGUUGCCCAGGCUCUAUCUUUUGAGGACCAAAUCUGCACUCCCGACCUGGUGGUAUUCCUGGCUUGUACGAAUCAGAGGCUCAAAGAAAGAUUGCUGAAGCGAGCAGAGCAACAGGGCCGGCCUGAUGACAAUCUGAAAGCUACGCAAAGGAGACUAAUGAACUUCAAGCAGAACGCUGCUCCGCUGGUUAAAUACUUCCAGGAGAAGGGGCUCAUCAUGACGUUUGAUGCCGACCGAAAUGAGGAUGAGGUGUUCUAUGACAUCAGCAUGGCGGUGGACAGCAAGUUAUUUCCGAACAAAGAGGCUGCAGCAAGUUCAGGUGACCUUGAUUCUCCAAUGAUGUUGGACUCUGGAGAGAUCAUUGACACAGGAUCUGAUUAUGAAGAUCAGGGCGAUGACCAGUUAAAUGUAUUUGGAGAGGACCCCACAGGAGGUUUCAUGGAAGAUUUGAGGAAGUGUAAAAUUAUUUUCAUGAUUGGUGGCCCAGGCUCUGGCAAAGGCACGCAGUGUGCAAAGCUGGUGGAAAAAUACGGAUUCACACACCUCUCGACUGGUGAGCUCCUGCGUCACGAGCUGGCAUCAGACUCUGAAAGAAGCAAAUUGAUCAGAGACACCAUGGAACGUGGAGACCUGGUGCCGUCCGGCAUCCUUCUGGAGCUGCUGCGGGAGGCCAUGGCGGCCAGCCUCGGCCACACCACGGGCUUCCUGAUCGACGGCUACCCUCGGGAAGUGAAGCAAGGCGAAGAGUUCGGGCGCAGGAUAAAUGCGGAGGGAACACCAGAGGAAGUUUUUCUUCAACUCUGCACAGCUAUUGACUCUAUUUUCUGAAGACAAAAUGCAUGUAUGUUAAGGAGAGUGAAGACAGAGAAAUAUAUUAAAAGGUCUAUCUAUACCUUAAUUACGUUUCAGGUUAAACUUGUGUCCCCUUCCAAUCCCGACAUUGCUGUUUGCUCCCCAGCUUGGCCCAUCGGAGGCGUCUGGAAACCAUGCAUGGUGUAUUUGUUAUCACCCAGCCUCUUUGUGAUCCAGACAGCCGUCCACUCACAGCUCGCACACCUUCCUAUCAGACAGGCUGUACCUCCGAGCAGAGUUAAUGGACAGCAGUGCAGUGCCAGUCUGUCAGUUGUGCCCUCAGGACUUGUUAGAGUCUGAUCAUUUGGUUCUCCUCUCAUCAAAUAGGGAGUUAGCACCCCUCAAUUCCCCACUGUAUCUUCCUCCCCCCAAGUUGCCUGAUGAAGUCCCUGAAUUUGAGGGGGGAGAGGGAGGGGCUUGCAAGCUGGGGCAUCUUCCUCUGGUAACUGUAGCUCAGAGCCAGAGAGAUUAGGUUGACAUGCCAAUUAUUACAAAUCUGAUUCAAUUUGAAAAACAUAAAAAAUAUGAAACUGUACAAUUUUUCCAAGACCGCUAAACCCAGACUAGUCACCAAUAACAUGUCUCUACUCAUUUUUAUGAAACUGGCUACUUGGAAUACUGUCAUAGUGGCUAAGAGCACUAACUGGAGGAAAAUGGCCUCUCCUAUACCUGCUGGUGCAUUUUGGCAAUUAUACAUCAAUACCAAUGACUAAACGUAAUUUAAAAGCGUGAGGUGGUUUAUUAUUGCAUCCACCGGACUAAUGUCAACUUACAGUUUUGAUUUUAAAUGAUCACCUAUUUACUAAAUACUGUUGCCAAACAA